UGGACAGUUACAUCGAAUUGAAUAAAUGUACUUUAGUGCUCAUACAAAUCUUUAACAGAAGAAGGGCUGGAGAACUUGAGCGCAUCCAAAUUGCUAACUAUACCAACAAAGAAAUUAUAACAAACAGAAUGGAGAAGGAGCUGCUGAGCAAUUUAUCUAAUGAAGCAAUAUUUUUUGCAAGACAAUAUGCUAGGAUUAACCUAAGAGGCAAACUAGGCCGCACUGUACCUGUGCUUCUUUGUCCUUUAACAGUUAAAGCAAUUGAUAAAAUUUUAGAAUACCGCAAAAAAGCAGGGAUAACUAUUAAAAACCCUUUUAUAUUCGCAAACCCGGUAGCUUCCAAAACAUCCAACCAAUACUUUCGUGCAUGUACUUUGAUUAGACAGUUUUCCACUGAAUGCGGUGCAGAAAUUCCGGAAAGUCUGCGUGGAACUAAAUUGCGUAAACACAUAGCCACUUAUAUGUCAAUGAUUAAUGCAGAAGAGGCCUCUAUUGAUAAAUUAGCCAACUUUUUGGGACAUCAUAAAGAUAUCCACAAAAACGUUUACCGAGCAACAAUUCCAGAAGCUGAAGUAAAUUGCGUGUCCCAAAUUCUUAUGGCAGCAAUUGGUAUUAGUGAUAAUGGCGUUAACGACAAUGAAAGCGAUGAAGAUGCCGCAGACGACGAAUGUGAAGGAGGUAACGUUGGUGAUGAAGAUAGUAGAGGUAACGUUGGCAACCAAGGUAAUGGAGGUAACGAAGUGGAUCUUGGUAAUGGAGGCAAUGUCGGUGAUAGAGUUGACUUAGACGACCAGAGCAAUGGGUAUGACGCAGCAGUAAUUGGCGAUCAAAAUAUCAUCACCUCUACCGUGGAAGAUCAAAAUGGAGAUCCAGAUUACAUGCCAAAGAAGAAGAGAAGAAGUACUUCUCCCUAUGGAAAAACGAAACGUCGGAGAUGGACACCAAUGGAGAAAGAAGUGCUGCGCAACGAGCUGGGAGAUCUUGGAAGAAUAAAAAAACUUCCUACCGUAUUAGAAUGCCUCAAAUUAAAAAAAAAAUACAAUAUUUUGGAGGGAAGAACCCCUCAGCAAAUAAAAUCUUUUAUUGAUAAUCAAAAAAAGCCUUAUAGGGACAAGGCCUAAUGAGUGAAUUUCGAAUAUUAAUUUAUUUCUUAAUUGGUUUUAUUUAAAAAACUAUUGCUUCAUUUACUAAAAUUUAAUUAAUCGUUUUUUGUUUUGGAUUUUUUUGUUUUGUUAUGUGA